AUGCGUCAUUGCACCGUAAUCGCGUCCGCUCCUACGCUUUUUCGACGGCUAUGCUCUGCGAAACCGUCGACGUCUACUCCAGUAUCGGUAUUUACGCCGAGACGGAUUACUGGUUUCACCUUCCAGUGUUUUUCAAAUUCAUCUACCGUAACAGAACACUCACCAAUAGCCUCAUGUGACGACCUCAUACCUGGCCCUAGCAUGUUGAAGCGAAUUAUCUCGGACCUCGAGGGAUCUGGGACCAAAUUCAUACUACCUAUUACUGAUUCUGAGGCUAUGCAGAGGCUAGCACAACCAUUGAAGGCUCUGGCUGGGGUUGGUGUCAAGCCAGAAUUUAUCAUCGAUGCUUGCGUUAAGAAUCCCCAAAUGUUCCGUAAUCUUACUACAAAGAGUGAGGAUGCUUGGCAGAUGCUUAACAUGCUCGUAGAAUCAUGUGCUAUGACUUACGAGGAUGCGAUUCGAAUGUUUGCCAGUUAUGGUGACGAAUUGCUGGACUGCUCAUCGGAAGGCGUACAAUCACGUAUAGAUGUAUUUGUGACGUGCGGGAUACCAGCCGGUAGGCCCAUUGGGCGUAUCAUACGGAAAUGUCCAGCGAUACUGUUUGCACGAGAUCCAGCCGAAAUGAGUAGUGUGGCGGAAGCAUUAGGUGGAUUCUUCUCUAGAAAAGAAAUAGUCGGCAUUGUCCAGAAUGUCCCUGAAGUUUUGUUGAGAAAUAUUGAAGAGCUCGAGGAGAAGUAUGAAUAUAUCUUCUUCCAGAUGUGUAUCGAAGGUGACGAGUUUAAAGAGUGUCAUAACUGGCCUAUUUUGGAUUUGGAAGAAAUCAUGACUAGACAUGAGUUCCUCUUGAAAACUGGGAAAUAUUCGACACCUGAUCCGAAGCACCCACAGAAGAAAAUGGAAAACCCUCGAUUACAUCAAAUCUUGGAUUCUAAUGACGAUAAUUUCGCUGUGCAGGUGGCUGGUGUGACGAAAGAGGAAUGGGCAGUUUACCGUGCAUUUGCCGAAAAGCUCUCAGGUCGAUCAACGAAGGAUCGUCCUUACGAAAGAGUUAAACCAUCGAUGAGGAAAGCUUAUGAGCGACGAAGAAAAGAGGCAAAAAUUCCGGAGGAACAUUGCAGUUUAAUUUCGAUGCAUCACAAUCUAUAUUCAUACAAUGAGACCAAUAACAAUGCCGUCAGUGACAAUGUCGUAGAGUCCAUCUAUUCCACGCUCUCACCAACCCAUCUGCCCCUACGAGACGGUGUAGCCUCACAAGGCGCCGCCACAAUGACGCUCGGCGGCGGAUUGGGAAAUCCACCGCCGAGCGUUAUAUCGCCAGUAGAACGAACGAUGUCGAUUGACGAACAUCUUCAGUCGAUGCCGAUGCCAACCGACUGGAAUGAACAGUAUCGACCACAGGAGGAAGUUGAUAUGCUGAGCAUGGGCUCAGGAAAUCGCUCUGUACUCCAACCACCAACUUUACCUUGUCAGCUACGGAAUGUAAUUGUGUCCAGAUGUGACGGAAAUAUCCCUUCAUCGAGUGAUGCCUCUUCGUCCUCGUGUUCUCCACCGUCUACAGAGAACAUGCAUCAGCAACAAUCGUUGAAGACCAACGAAACAACGAUCGAUUCGGCCGUAGCAUCCAUCUUGAAUCAGGCGUUGAAGCCGGAGCCGUCAGAUGGCGAAUUUUCAGCCGAUUCCAAUGGCUCGUCCGCUCAUCGAAUGCCCAUGCAAUCGAUGCCGCUGCACAUAGACGCUGGGUACGGUGGGCGAUGUUCGGAUAAUAGUGGGACGAGCGGGGCGAUGAGCAACACUUCGGGCUCAAGCACCCCGGUUCCACUGCGACGAUCACGCUCCAGUCAUGAUGGAAUGCUUAAAUGCCAGUUUUGUCCGAAGAAAUGGGCUGAUCAGAAUGCGUUACAUACACAUAUGGCAGAUUGUCGAUUGGCUCGUGGACAUGAAUGUGCGCAGUGCGGAAAGCGGUUUAAGGCACGUGGUGGACUUCAGCAGCAUCUGCGGAUACACUCGAACGACAGACCGUAUGCUUGUCAUUUCUGUGCUAAGCGAUUCACUCAGAAAAGUCAUGUUGAUCAACAUGAGCGAAUUCAUACAGGAUCGAAGCCGUUUUCAUGCCAGUUUUGUGGCCGAGCGUUCCGGCAGAGGUCUCAACAACUUGGACAUGAAGCCACUCAUUCGAAUCUGCUAAGCACAAACAGCCAAGUUGUUGCACAACCAGGCCAACAACAGCAAAUUCCAAUUAGCACCUCACAACCGCAGCAUAAUCAUCAACAACAGCUGGAAUUGUUGAGAAAUGAGUUGCAACCCACAAAUGGUUUACUUCAAGAUCUACAAACUUCAACACUGCCAUCCAGCAAUCAACUGAGCCUACUAGCACUUGGCCAAGCCACCUCUAACAACAUCGUCCCAUCGUGUACGAAUAGUGCAGUGUCAUCGCUACUAGCGUUGAGCCAAAAUCAGUCGAACCCCGUCUCUUCACAUCCUCACUUUCCUACGCCCAGCCAUCUAAACCAAGCAGCGGUUGGUCUGCUGAAUUCAUUACAAUAG